AUGGAAAUUGAGGAAAUUGAUGAUGUUAAAGAAAUUGAUGAUGCCAAGGAAAUUGAUGAUGUCAAAGAAUUUGAUGAUGCUGAGGAUGAUGUUGAGGAAAUUGAUGAUGUUGAAGAUGAUGAUGAGGAAAUCAAUGAUGAUGAGGAGGAAUAUGAAAAUGGAGAAAAAUAUGAGGAAGAACGAAAAGAAAAGGCAAAUAUAAAACUUAAAUUAAACAAUAUAAAAACCACAAUCUCAGCUUCUCAAAAGCAGCAUUUAAAAAAAAUUGUAAGAGAGAUUAGUCUAGGUAUAAGACCUGGACUACGUUUCAGGAGUGAUGC